CCCGUGUUCGUGUUGUGGUCUUCAAGCAACAAGUGCUUCUUUGUGUCACUCAAUUGCAUUCACCUAUUGUCUUUUUUUUUUGUCGUGCAUCCCUUCAGGAAAAUGUGCGUACGGCAUGUCUAAGCUCUACAACCACAAACCCUGGGCUCUUGACUGGGUUGGUGGUCUUCAUACAUCCAGUUAUGGAGCCGUUGUCUUCUUGAGCGAUGACAACGGCGGCAGUUGGUACUGUUGCGGAGGGGUUGAGAAAUCUGAAGCGGGGAGGGCUAACUACGACGAUAGGAAGUUUAGGACGUUCUUUCUUACCUCUGUCUAUGACAGCGAGGGGAAAAACUGGGUCAAGGAAGACAAUAAGGUGUUUCUCGACCUUCGUCUCUUCCAAGGCUACGGUAACAAGGCUUUCUCGAUGAAAGCGUUUGACGUGCGUAGCGAUGGCACGGAGUUCCGAAUGCUGGAUCCAGAAAAGUUCCUCUCCAAAACCAACGGUUGCCGCGUCACUGGCUCCCUGCCAUUCGUCGACAGUCCUUUCCUGCUCAGCGGCCCUUUGGUCCAGUUCAACAGCCUGACGGACCAACCGACAGGUGUUGUAAUGCGAUACAGGGAACAAUUCACGAAGUUGCCUGUUGCCCAGCAAGUGGACCGUGCUUUCGCUCUUUCCGCUCCGGUCUCGCCCUCGCAUCUACAAGGUCAGGAUGCGGCCGAGCAGUCCAGCGAGGCCACAGACUACGACGACGGAGCUCUGCGCCACCGGGCUAGUCCCCAACAUCGUUCCCAGGGAGGUGCACGUGCCUUCGAUGAGGAGGAAUGCGAGGGCCAAGAGGGGGAGGAUGGUGGUGAGGAGGACGACGGGGGCAAUGAAGGAGAUGUGGAUGGUGAAGACAAUGACGUGGACAACGACAGAUACGUUGGUGGUGAGGAAGUCGAAGACAAUCGCUUCUACCAAUGCGAGCGCCGGCGCGACGUCAACGAAACACAGGCUUGUCGUGGGGAUGACGCCUAUGGCGUAAGUGAUGCGAACGACGCUGAUGGCCAGCCUGCAACCUCCCAUGAAGUGUCGCAGUCGUAUAACCAGGCAAAGGAUGGGAGAGACAAACAUGGCUCACGGGGAAAGAGAAAGAGGGGAGAAGCGUCGAUCUCUCCAAUGAGUCAAACGAAACAAGCGAGGAUUGACGCUGUCAAUGAGGCUCUCUUAGCGUUGACAACAGCCCAGGAAACGCGGGCUCCUCGGAAAACUGGCGGGGGGGGGGGCGAACUGGCAGUCGUGGCGGUGGCCGUGACGGCCGUAGGAAAGGCUCGCAGAGGGUCAGGCCACAUGAACUGCGGGACUCGGGGGAUGAGGGCGAGGGGGUGGGGCCUCGCAUGCCCAAAGGUGUUGACGACCCAGUUCAGCACGCCGCGCCCCUCGACAUGACGCGCUGUUUCUUUCUCGAAUACGACGAGCACGACUUCCCAGGCAACAUGUCCAUGUUGUUAACGUCGACAUCACAAGAAUCAAACGCAUUCCCCGUG